AUGGCAACGAGCAUACUUUCUUGCCUUUCUUGUCAGCAUUACUCAGUGGGCCUUGCAAAGUGGCAAAGGUUUGCCACACAAUCCCUUAUUGCCAGAAUAAGCAGCUUUUGGAAAUACAUUAAAAGGCCUAAACUGCGGUAUCGACCCGCUCAAUCUGUUGUUCCUGAGACUCAAAUGCUUCAGUGUUGCGUUGGCAGCCCAACUUGCCGCUUGCCGAGGCCCAUUGGUAUCUGGCCCAUCACCCUGUUUCUUGAGAUGUCUAACCUCUCCAGCCCAGUUACCCUCGAGAUCGAGUCGGGUAUGGGCCCUGAAAUCUUGUUCCCUGCCAAGUUGAGCACUUCUAAGCCCAGCCCACUCCUGAAUUCUGGAAUAAUCCCGGAAAUAUCAUUCCUCGACAAAUCUAGGACUUGCACGAACUUUCUGGUCUCGGUUGUCAACAGUCUGGAGAGGGAGCCCGAAAGCCCGUUUGAACUGAGGUCGAGAACAGAAAUCUGUGCCGGCAAUCUGAUCGUGGACACGUCAGCACGGAGCAAGUUGUGUGAAAGAUUGGCGCUGUUCAAAUACGGCAUCCUUUGCAGGAAAUUGGAAAUCUCAGUACCUGUGAAGCCGUUGCUGGAGAGGUCCACCGUCGAAAGGUCAAGUGAUGAGAGAGAAGGCAGCCCCUUAUCGAAUUCAACGGGCAAAGGCCCGAUUAAUGAGUUUCUGGAUAGAUUAAGAUCCCACAAGUUGUUUAGCUGGGACAGAGAAGCCGGAAUCCGGCCGGUGAGCUUGUUAUUGCUCAAUCUCAACACGGCGAGAGUGGUGAGGGCGGAGAUUUUGGGCGGGAUAUUGCCCGUCAGCUGA